AUGACGAAUAAGGGAAGGCAAGAAGAGCGGCCAAGCGGCCACCGAAUAACGGGCCAGAAGUGCAAAGUCAGCGAGCAGUGCGGCAACCCCCACUGUACGAUCACGAAGAUUAACGACAGACGGACCACUACAGUCGGAGCAUUCGUUAACUCGAGCCCCGACGAGAAAAAUGGAACGAGUGAGGAUUCUCGUAUCCAAUAUACACCCUUGUACAACACAGCGCCAUCUUUGGGAUCGGAAAUGAAAUCUUUCACCAGAACAGCGACUGGAUUCUACGGAUACUCCGAAGACGAACUUCUCCACAGAUUUAGCUUCACAUGCGACACGCUUCCCACUAGGAUGGCGGAGUUUGAGGAGGCGGUCUUCCAGAACACGUGUAGCCUUUACGCCUUUCGAACCCUGGCCGCCUACAGCGCCCGGUUCGCUUGCUUCCGUCUUUAG